UAUUGUCCAGCGCGAUGCUGAAGUACUGUGCCAUCGUGUUUUUGUUCGUUCCACUGUGCAGUGCGGCCCCGAAAAUUGACAGCUCCGCGCGGGAUAACCUCCAAGUCACGGAUGACCUCUCUGUCAUCCCGCACUCUGGUAGAAGUAGCGCUGAAGAACCGACCUUCGAAACAUACCUGGAGGAUUACAUCAAGUCCAAAGAGGUGUCUUUCGAUAUUCCCCUGAUAGGUUCCACUGUCACACUCGCCGGAAGAAACUUGGACAAUGAAGAACUUGAUUUCAAACUUAAAUUUGACGCGGACAGCGAAGUUCAAGCACGCAAAAAGUCUAAAAUCAAGAAGAUCUUCAUCCCGAUCUUGGUAUUCAUCCUCAUCAAAGCGAUGACGCUCAUCCCUCUAGCCUUGGGUAUUCUCGCGAUCAAGGCGUGGAACGCUAUCCAACUCUCGUUCAUCUCCUUCGUAACGACAUUGGCGAUGGCGGUGUGGAAGUUGUGUUCCAAGGUUAGCGGUGAUCAUCCGCCACCACCUCAAAUCAUCCACGAACAUUGGGAUCCUCAUCACUACGCAGCCGCGAGAUCCGAUGACAUUGAGGGCAUGCAGAUGGCCUACAGUGGAUAUGCGCCCAAUAAACAAUGAGCGAUAUUCCAGCUGUGAUUGUUGAUUAUUUA